CCCGCGCCUUAAAAGCCCCGCACACCGCCCCGCCGCGCCCAGCCCUGCCGCACCUUCGCGUCCUCGCUAGGUCUCGCCGCAGCCGUGCGCCCGGCCCCGACCCCGGCACCAUGAGCUUCGGAUCAGAGCACUACUUGUGCUCCUCCUCCUCCUACCGCAAGGUGUUCGGGGACGGCUCGCGCCUGUCCACGCGCCUCUCCGGGCCCGGAGGCUCGGGAAGCUUCCGCUCCCAGUCGCUAUCCCGCAGCAAUGUGGCCUCCACGGCCGCCUGCUCCUCGGCCUCGUCUCUCGGCCUGGGCCUGGCCUACCGCCGGCUGCCCGCGUCCGACGGACUAGACCUGAGCCAGGCGGCGGCGCGCACCAACGAGUACAAGAUCAUCCGCACUAACGAGAAGGAGCAGCUGCAGGGCCUCAACGACCGCUUCGCCGUGUUCAUCGAGAAGGUGCACCAGCUGGAGACGCAGAACCGCGCACUCGAGGCCGAGCUGGCGGCGCUGCGCCAGCGCCACGCCGAGCCGUCGCGCGUCGGCGAGCUCUUCCAGCGCGAGCUGCGCGACCUGCGCGCGCAGCUGGAGGAGGCGAGCUCGGCGCGCGCGCAGGCCCUGCUGGAGCGGGACGGGCUGGCCGAGGAGGUGCAGCGGCUGCGGGCGCGCUGCGAGGAGGAGAGCCGCGGGCGCGAAGGCGCCGAGCGCGCCCUGAAGGCGCAGCAGCGCGACGUGGACGGCGCCACUCUGGCCCGCCUGGACCUGGAGAAGAAGGUGGAGUCGCUGCUCGACGAGCUGGCCUUCGUGCGCCAGGUGCACGACGAGGAGGUGGCCGAGCUCCUGGCCACGCUGCAGGCGUCUUCGCAGGCUGCCGCCGAGGUGGACGUGGCUGUGGCUAAGCCAGACCUGAGUUCGGCGCUGAGGGAGAUCCGCGCCCAGUAUGAGUCUCUGGCCGCUAAGAACCUGCAGUCUGCCGAGGAGUGGUACAAGUCCAAGUUCGCUAACCUGAACGAGCAGGCGGCGCGCAGCACCGAAGCCAUCCGAGCCAGCCGAGAGGAGAUCCACGAGUACCGGCGCCAGCUCCAGGCACGUACCAUUGAGAUAGAGGGCCUGCGCGGGGCCAAUGAGUCCCUGGAGAGGCAGAUCUUGGAACUGGAGGAGCGGCACAGCGCUGAGGUGGCCGGCUACCAGGACAGCAUUGGGCAGCUGGAGAAUGACCUGAGGAACACCAAGAGUGAGAUGGCUCGCCACCUUCGGGAAUACCAGGACUUGCUCAAUGUCAAGAUGGCCCUUGACAUUGAGAUAGCGGCUUACAGGAAACUGCUGGAAGGUGAAGAGACGCGGUUUAGCACCAGUGCGUUGAGCAUUUCAGGGCUGAAUCCACUUCCCAAUCCAAGUUAUCUGCUCCCUCCCAGAAUCCUUAGUUCUGCAACCCCCAAAGCCUCAUCCACUGGGCUGUCACUUAAAAAGGAGGAGGAAGAGGAGGAAGAAGGGGCUUCUACGGACGCCUCUAAGAAAACAUCCAAGAUAGCGGAAAGUUUUGAAGAAACAUUGGAGGAAACGGUAAUAUCUACAAAGAAAACCGAGAAGUCAAAUAUAGAGGAAAGCACCAUUUUGAGCCAAAAAAUGUAAUCCCGUUGCUUAAAAAAAGAAGUUAAUGCCUAAGAGGGAAUGCACUUGACUUAUUCUACUGCUUACUUCCAAACCACACCACCUAUCACCGCUAUAGAAUGUCUCUAAGGCUUCAAUGUCAUAUUUAAUACUGAAUCCUUACUUUCUCCAGUAGGAAAGGCACCCAUAGAUGGGGCAAACUGCAUUCCUGGAGCAGUAAGAGGAGUUCUCUAAGAACACGCUUUCUCACCCACAGCUCGGGCUUCAUAGUGACAGGUGACUCAGGUGCAGAGGAAGGUGCUAAUUCUGGUCAUCACUCGCUGUGAGCUGAAGUUAACGCCUAUGUUUAUCCACUAUACCCCACCAGUACCCAGCUAUAGAUUCUUCCUGUAGAUGCCUAAAAACAUGGUCACUGCCGAGGACAAACCAGUGGUCCAGACACCAUUACCCCAUUCCACUCUGAUAGAGCUCAGUCACAAAGGAUAGAUGUUUCUCUCACGGGCAUAUUUCUUCCUCUCCUCUCAAACCCUUAUUUCCUUUUCUCCCACCCAAGAGGAGGGAAGACAGGCUAGUGUAGUAUUUCCUCCCAAACAGAACUUCCUCCCUUUAACACUCUUUGCUCGGUGGGUAAGAUUAGAUGCAUGCUGCCCAUUUCUGUGAUUUGUGUAAUGACUUAUCCCUGCCCAUUAUGCCCUUUCACAUCUGUAGCUUAAAAAGAAGAUAAUAAUGGCAGCAAUUCACUUUAAGGAUUUUCCUAAAAAAUAAAAGAGAUCUCUAGAUUUUAGGCUUUCAGCUUGUCCAAAUCCACUUAAUUAGAAGGAAAAAAAAUGACCUUAAAUGAUGUAGCUUUUCACUUUAACUUUAGAAGCACAGUGAUAGUUAUCCUGCGCUGUGGUUAAGCCAACCUUAGACUUAGUAACGUAAAUACAGGAAGUGAGUAUGUCUCUGAAUGGAAAGACCAAGGUCUCCUCUGUGUUGGUUUCUGUAUAGUGGUAUAGAAUUAGCUUUUUCAUACCCUCGCCCUAGAAUCUGUAGUCUCCUUCCCAUUAUCUAGGUUCUCAAGAGGCCUUGCUUUUUAAGAGUGCUAUGUAUAGGAUAUUUUAUCACCAGACACAAUGCUACUGCCCAAAAAUGAAAAAAAUAAACACUUCUGGUCAAUCAACACCACCAGCAAAUAUUUAAAAAAAAAAAAAAAUCUCUUCUCUCAGAGCCUUUCCCCAACAGUGUUGCAUUGCCGCAGUUGGUGGGUGUCAGUUCCAAGGAAAGGCAGAAACAUUCAGAGUUCACAAGGGUAAUGCAUGCUCCUCUGCCAUCCAAGGAGGCAGGCUGGAAAGUCAGCUCCUCGUGCACCCAACUGCAGCAUCCACACGUCCUGUCUGCCUCGUGUGCCAAAUUUGAUGCAGGAUUUGCCCUGUCUCUGCUCACUUCCACCAGAGCUACAGAACUGUCUGCUCUGUCCCCACCCACGUCAUCGCAAGCUGUGCUGAUAAGGACAUGAUGCUUCUACUGAGCUCCCAUUCUAGCACGUGCUCCAAUAGUUCAAGGACCUGAAAAGACACUCUCCUUUCUCUGACCCAUCCCUGUUGACCUCCCCCCUCCACUUACUGUAAGACAUUAGUUAAUAAAAGAAAUUAAAAGUCAUUAAUCCUACCAACA